AAUAAUGAUUUGCAAGUUCGUUUGACUAAAGUACGUAACAGGACGAUAUCGGAAUUGAAUGAAGGGAUGAAGGAGAAGGUUGAUAAGUAUGAGAAGGAUAAGAUCCAAUUGAGCGAAGAGAAGAGAGAGCUCUCCUUGCAAGUUGAGUCACUCACAACUAAACUGGAGGAGUCUAAGAAGAUACAGCAGCAGCAGGAAGAGGAUCUAAAGGAUGUAAAGAAUCAGAAGGAGCUGCUCUCACAGUGGGAGCAUCAAAUUGCUGAAAUCGUUCAACUUGUCUCUGAUGAAAAGAACGCCCGAUCAUACUUGCAGACUGUUGCUAAAGGACUGGUUGAAGAUGUAGAGAGCCUAAGAGCCAGUUCUUCAUCCAUUGGAAAGCAAAAAGAGGUUUGGGUUGAAAGGAGGACGCUGAGAAGAGACAAACUUGAGAGAGUUGAGAUGCAGCAGAACUUUGAGAAUGAGCUGAGAGCCAAACAAAGAGUUGAGGAGGAGCUGACGCACAUAAGAACUCAACUGGCCCACACUGAAAGCGAUGUUGUGCAACUCAAAGCACAGAUUGAGUCACUGCAGAAAGAGAAUGAGAAACUCAAUAAAGAGAAUCAAAAGUAUCGCAUGGGAUUAGGGUCUCGAAAUGACAGUUUUACAACUUCAAUAUUUCACCAUCAAAGUGGGAAUCAGCUUGAGACUAGCACUAGAACUGCACCUCAAAAACCCAAGGUCAUUACUGGGACUGAGAGGGAGGGCACUCAUGAGUUGGUCGUGAGAUCAUUUGAUUCUCCCACUAAAUGUGAUGCAUGUACUAGUGUAAUGUUUGGACUA